AUGAGAAGUAGGAGACCCCCUCACAACACUCUAGAUCGCCCUGUCGUACUGCACGCAGGCUCUCGGCAGUACGUAUCUGACGACCAAGUGAUGCAGUUUUUGGGCCGUUUCAUCCAAGAGCGCGAGGCGGAGGGCGACGCUGACGCCUCGGGAGCCCAAGCCCAACUCCGCAGAGUUGAACGCAACUUUAAGGGUCUUCCACCAGCUGUUCUGGACGCUCAGCAGUAA